GGUAUUUACAACAGGAAAAACUUCUAGCUACCUGCCGUGAAUUUAUUUUGGAAAGCUCAGAUUUGAAGGAAUAUGCAGAGCACUGUACGGAGGAUGGGUUUAUUCCAGCCUGCUUGCUGUCCCUGUGUGGAAAAAACUUGACAACUAUUCUUAAUGAGUACGUAGCCAUGAAAACAAAAGAAACAACAAAUGAAGUUCCAGCAAUGAUGUCAUCUCUAUGGAAAAAAUUAGACUAUACACUUUCACAGAUCAGGAGCAUGCAGAAUUCCACAGGAUUUUCUGCUAAUCAAAGGACACGUACAAGAAGUGGAAUUGUAGAAAUGAAAAGACAGAGAAUGCUUCAGCAAUCAGCUCCUGCAAACUCAGGAUUGUUGUCAGUAGCCCAUCAGUCAGGGCCACAGAAUUCCUCUUCCAUUGCACCUCCUCAAGUUAUUCAUAGGCCAGCAAUGAGUCAAAGCAUGUCACAGACAAGAGUGAAUACAUUGUUUGUGCACCCGUCACAAUCCCAAGAAAACAAGAUCACCACAGGAGAUUUCAUACACAUACAAGUUCCAGCAUCACAAGAACGAAAGCUUCAUUCAAACUUGCUUUCUCCAGGAAGACGAAAAAGUGAAUCUCAGAAGAGGAAAAGUAUUGCAACAUCUGGACCUCUUUCAGUGACCAUAAGUUCUCAAGACCCUGAUGAAGUAUUAAUAGAAAAAGAAAGUGAGCCACUUGAAGAACUCAUAGAUGGUAACUUCCCACAACUGGUUAUUGAAAAUGCCAGAGAAAAAAUCUUGAGCAACAAAUCUCUUCAGGAGAAGCUUGCUGAGAACAUUAACAAGAUCCUGAGCAGUGAUGGCAAUGUUGCUCAGGCUCCUAAACAGACAGACAGUGGUCCCACGGAACAGGAGACUUCAAUUGAUGAAAUCCUUGGCCUUCAGGGUGAAAUUCAUAUGUCAGAAGAGGCCAUACAGGACAUUCUAGAACAGACAGAAUCAGAUCCAGCUUUUCAGGCACUCUUUGACUUGUUUGAUUAUGGAAAGAGCAAGGUAAACAAGAACUUACCUGCUGGUAUUUCUGGUCAGAGUGGAGUAGAAAAUGCGAUCCUGGUGGAGGAGAGUAACCUGGAAACACUUGAAAGUUCUUUAGGAACAGAAGAAACUGGUGAUAAUUCUAGAGAAUCACUGUCCUGUAAAGGUUUUCAGAUAGCAGAAGCAUCAUGUGCCUUGAAGACCAGCGUUAAUGAUGUUGAUAUGGCUAAGAAAAAUACAACCAGUGAACAGCUGCAUGGAAAUUGUAGACCAAGGAAGGAGACUGAAGUACUUAAAAACGUUACCCCUGAACAUACUGGAGAGCUUGAAAUCGCUUUUGAAUCCGUGCCUGAUUUGACGGAACCUGACAAGAGACAGAGUUCUGAUGGUGAAUGUAAUGAACGCUGUGGAGAUUCUUAUGACAAAAAAGAGUUGUCUGCGUUGGUAUCUGAGAGUGAAAGAGCUGUGGAAAUUGAAAAAGGCCCACUAAGUCAUAGUGCUCAAAGUAGUCCUAAUUUAGAAUAUGUUAAUUCUGGUAGUCCACAAAUUUCUUUGAUUUCAUUGGCAGAAGGUACUACAGCCAGUGAAAACAAAACACAUCCUGGAAGUAAAUGUCACUUAUCACCAGAUACAUCACAAUCUGAAAAAACACUUACUGCAAGCCCUCCUGAUGGGAGCCCUGGACAGAGUCUGCUGCUGGGAAAAAACGGUUCAUCAGUUGCUAGCCCAUCAGCAGACACAGGAAAAGAACAGGCUGUGACAAAUGAUACAGCUGCCUUACCUGGUAUUUUGCAGGAGAACUCUAGCCACCACUCUAACCUUCAGGAACAGAGUACACAAUCAGACUGUGCUGCAAGAUCUGCAGUGAAGAUUCUGGAUCUUGACAAAACAGAGUUGCAGCUUGAAGUUGUUGAUACUUCUAACAAAACUUAUUUGAAUGAUCAGCAUACAGUUGAUAAGCCUUGUAAGAAAGAUUUUAACCUUGCUUCAGGACUGACAAACUCAGAUGGAACACAAGGGGAAAUGCAAGAACCUUCAUCUUCUACAAAAGUAGAUGCUGAUAAUGUUUAUUUCUCUUCUGGUGGCGGUGCAUGUACAGAAAUUUCUGUAGUAUCCACUGAAAAUAAUCUUACUACAUCUGAAAUAUGCCACUCUCCUCUCCCAGAAACUGCAUCCUCAACAGAAGAGUCAGGUACUGAGGCCAAAAGUAUCAGCGGUGUAUCUUCGAGUAGUCAACCGAUGGAUGUUGAUCCUUCUAAUAUAAUGUCCCUCAAGAUUAUCAUCAGCGAUGAUCCAUUUAUUUCAUCGGACACGGAGUUAAAUAAUGCUGUUUCCAGCAUCACAGGAGAAAAUUUGCCAACUAUAAUAUUGUCUUCUCCAGCCAAAUCCCCAACCAAAACUGCAGGCCUGUCCAAAUGUCUGACUUCAGAAGACACAGAAAAAAAUGUGGAUUCAGCUUUGGCAGAGCAGAAUCUCCUUGUGCUUCGACCGAAGGAUCCUGUGGUCACUGCCGUUAACACUCAGAAUGAAGACGGCGCUGUGUUUUCAGUUGCAGGUACAACUAACCUUUCCAAGGAAGGGGGAUUUAUACAGUUGAUGCCAGCAACAAGCACAGCUUUUGGGAAUUCAAACAACCUUUAUAUAGCCACCUGUGUGACUGAUCCGGGCACCUUGGGCACAGCUGUGACACCAUCAAAUGUAGUUGUGCUGCCUGGCAGUUCUAUGCCACUUGCUGCCCAGGCUCCAGUUGUGCAACAGUUACGGACGCCUCCGAGAUCCAGCAGUACAUUUGCACCAAACCAGACUGUCUCCCCAAACUUCCCACAAGGUUCUGCCAUUAUAAUUGCAUCUCCAGUGCAACCUGUUUUGCAAGGAAUGGUGGGAAUGAUACCUCUCUCCGUAGUAGGACAAAAUGGAAAUACGUUCUCAGCACCUGCCCGCCAGGUUCUCCAUAUGCCUGUGGCUAACCCAGUGUGCAACAGAAGCGUCCCAAAACUUCCCAUCCCUCCCAAAUCACAAAAGAUCCCUGGAGCAAGAAACAAGACUAACACAGGAAAACUGGUACCAGGUGUAGCUGAGCCUUUGAACCAUACAAACCCUCGAACACAAAGGACUGGAAAUUCAGACAAGCUUAUCACUGCAGAACUAGGAAGGAAAGCGGAGGAGAAUUUACCUGUUGCACCAGUAGAAAGCACAAGCUCAAAUUCAAGACAAAGUGAAAGUCACAGGAGAGUGCUUUGCUUUGAUAAUGUCCUACCUGCUCCAGGAGGAAACACCCAAAUUCAGACUACUAAGAGUUUAUCCCACAAAGAAAGAAACGAAAAUGCUUUAUUUGCUGUUGACUCUGCAUCAUCCUCUGCUAAGGCCCAGGUAGCAAAGAGAGAGAAAGAUAAAACAUUGCCUAGAAUUCUGUGUAAGCCAGAAGUCAGUAGCAACAGAAGCACAUCUGCAAAGGAGCCACAGCCCGAGCGGAAGGUGGCAGCUGCAGGGCUUCCAUUAGAUCCCUUCCACAAGACGACAGCAAAUAAAGAAAAUGAAUUGCGAAGGGACGCUGAUGAAAAACAGAAGAGCCAGGACACUGCCAAGCUCUCAAACGGCCAGCAAAGUGUUAGCUUAUGGAAUGAGAAGACAGUUGCUUCGGUGCAAGAGCUGAACAAAAAGCAAGGGUCCUUGUCCAAUGGGACUGGCAAAUCUGCCGUCUCCGUUCCUUUGUCUUCAAAGGAACCGAAGCGAGAACCGGCGAAAGUUCCCAACCAAGGCCUCUGCCUGUCCAGUCCCUUCGCUAAACAAUGUGUGGAAAUGCUGCAGGACAUCCAGUGGCACAGCCCGACUAGUAAAACAGUUGAAAACGGAGAACUGCCAGUACCCCGUACGCCGUCCGGCGUUGAGGACAGGCAUGCGGAUGACACUACAGACAGCGUACGGACACCGACCUGCCGGCGCUUCAACGAGGACAGCGCCACCCCUAGGAUAAUGGUUCCCCCCGCUACGCCAGACCUGCCUGCCUGCAGCCCGGCCAGUGAAACGGGUAGUGAAAAUAGUGUCAGUAUGGCUGCUCACACGCUGAUGAUCCUCUCACGGGCGGCUAUUGCACGGACUAGCACUGCAACCCCCCUGAAGGACAAUACUCAACAGUUCAGAUCUUUGCGGAGCGCAGUAAAGAAAAGGAAACUUGAGGACUUGAAUGAGAGUGAGAGAAAUUCUCGUUCUGCAAAUAGGAAAGACCUUCAAAGCUCUCCAACACCUUCAAAGAAGAAGAAAAUAAAGAAAAAGAAGCUACCAAAUUCUUUUCCAGCAUUUUUUGGAAUGGACGUGGACAAGUUCUUGUUGUCUUUGCAUUACGAUGAAUGAAGAAGUUGAACUGUGACUGUCUAAAGCUAGGUGGUGUUAUGCUGAGGUUCUGCAUGGGAAGAGGAGUUAAUUCUGUAGGCUGAGUUGCACUUUCAGUGCACUGAAGUUUCACUUUAUAGCAAAAUCAUGCUGUUUCUGAAGCAGGUUGCUAAGUGUAAAUAUCAUUGAGUUGGUAUAUGUUUAUUUUUUAAAAAGCACUUGCGU